AUGUUAGAAGGUGCAAAAUCAAUGGGUGCCGGAGCUGCUACAAUUGCUUCAGCGGGGGCUGCUGUCGGUAUUGGAAACGUGUUCAGUUCUUUGAUCCAUUCCGUGGCGCGAAAUCCAUCAUUGGCUAAACAAUCAUUUGGUUAUGCCAUUUUGGGCUUUGCUCUAACCGAAGCUAUUGCAUCGUUUGCCCCAAUGAUGGCCUUUCUGAUCUCAUCCGUAUUCCGA